CAUAUCCUGAGGGGGGCCUGCCCUCCCAUCCUGACCUGUCCUUUCCUGCCGGUUCCCAGCAGAGCCUGCUCACACCCCAUCUGCCCUCCCCUCUCCUGUUCCAAGGAAGAUAAAACUUAGCCAGGGAAGCAGGAACCCUGCACCUCCUCCGGGAUGCCUCCCACUCCCUGUCUGCAGGGUGCUGGGGGUGCCUCCUCUGUCCCACAGCCCUUGGCAUUUGCCCUUGCUAUUGUACCUUUCCUCCCAGCUGUGACCUCCUUGGGUCAGGGACAGCAUCUGUGUCCCAGCAUCACCAGCACAGGGCCCGCACUGAGCACCUGUCAGUAAAUGUUGGUGAGUGAACCCAUGAAUGAAUGCAAAAAUAAGUGAAGCAGGAUCCUCCGGGGGUAGGAAGCAAUGAACCUACAGUGGGAAGGCCAAUGCUAGAAGAGGGGAGGCCAAGCAGAGAGGAAGAUGUCGUUCAGAGCUACUGAGCACCUACUAUGUGCUGACACUUUGGGGAGAAGGGCAUCAGGAGUGGGUGUUGGGGACCCUCACUCUGAGCAGACGUCCCGGGGGCUGUGGGGAUCUGACACCUGGACCAAGUGCCUUGGUCUGAGACACGCUGGACUCCCACUGCAGUUGCAUGGUCAUGAGUCAGGCCUGGGCCUUGGGACCGGGGAUUGAGCAUAGGCAAGGCCAAAGCAGCCACUGCCUUCAGGAGGAAGGGAGCCUGGGGCUCCGAGACUGGUGGGCCCCACAAGGCAAGGCUGCCUGAGGGUGUGCAGGACCCUGGAGAGACAGCCGGCAGACCACCUGGCCCAGUGCCCACCCUCAAGCCCGUCACUAUCCAGGCCUGAAGCCACGGCCACUCCUGGACUUCCCUAUUCCUUGAGCCAUUAAAUUCUCCUCUUUCUAAAGCUGCUUUUCUGCUACUUGCAAACCAGAGGUUCUUCUGAUACCUGAGAUGGGAUAUGCACUUGGGGUCUAAUUGGAUGCCGUCACUCUCCUCCAGUUAGGCAGGAACCUGAGCAAAAUAUGACAAAACUCAGAAGGGAGCCCACAAAGGCUCAGCUGGGAAAGGCAGGGUCCAGGGACCCAGCACUUCAGAGUGCAGUGGGGGUGAAGAGGGAGGCGGAAGGCUGUAGAGAGAGCCCCUAGGUAGAAAAGAGGUGUCAGCAAUGCCAGGACAAGCCAAAAGGAGGGUGCAGAGGGCAGGCCACGCUCCUUUCAAGCUGCUGGGACUCCCCACGCCCCUACCCAGCUCUCACACCCUGAGCUCCUGCCUGGUGCCCAGCGCUGGGCUGGGUGAGGCUGGGGGACAGUGUCGACUGAGAGCCUGCCCUGUCCUCAAGAAGCUCAGCCUCAUGCGGGGCUGGACACGAGGUCAGACAUGAAGAGGAGCCACAGCCACAUGGGGUGAUUGGUGUGGGUGGCAUGAAGCCAGGGACACGGAGCCCAGAGGUGGCCCCAGCCAGUCUGGAAGGCUUCUUGGCAGAGGUCCUAGAGCCUGAUGGCUGCCCUCUGGACAGCUCUCCUCCCAACCUGCCCCAAAUAAAUAUUUCACCAUCCUCCUGAAAAUGGUGCUCUCCCUCCAGGGCUGGGCCCUUCCCAGGCAGUCCCUGUGAGCCACGCCCGGCUCCUCCCCGCCGCACCCUGCCUCACCCAACAGCUCCAGACAACUAGAGCAACAGCUUCAUGACUCUGUGCCCUGGCGGAGCGCUUCAUUUGAUCCUCAAGCCCAUGAGGUGGGUUCACAGGCCAGGGUUCAAAUAAAGAGCUGGGAUCAGAACCAAGUCCCUGCCACACACAGCUGCCCUGCUGCCCAGCCCGGGGGCACACACGGUACAGACUCUGAGGAAGUCCAGGACCCCCGCCGCCCCGCACCACGCAGACCCAAACGGCCUUCCGCAGCACGCCAGCCCGUCUGCACGCGGAGGCAGUGCGCAUGCGCGCCUCACCCCUCCCCGGGGCGCCGCGACUACAGCCCCCAGGAUGCAGCGCGCGAGGCGACGUUGAUGCCGUUCAAACAGGCCAAUCGGGAGUCCGCGCCGCGCCGCGCGGCGUUUAAAUCCAGGGCCGAGGCGGGGCGGCCGCGACCUGCAGCUCCGGUGCCCGGACAGCUCUCGCCGUGGAAGGGGGAGGCGGCAGCGACGUGCCCACAGCCAGCCAGGCAGGAGCAGCGGAGAUGGACGUCCGCGGGAAGGAUGACAUUCUUCUUCUGGCCGAUGAAGAAUUUGACUUCGAUCUUUCACUGUCGUCUUCAAGUGCAAAUGAAGAUGACGAAGUCUUUUUUGGACCCAUCGGACAUAAAGAAAGAUGUAUUGCUGCGAGCUUAGAAUUAAAUAGUCAGAUUCCCAAAGAACCUUUUGUGCCAGCAUCAGAAAGUCACUUCUCUUGGAGUCCUCUUACCGGAGAAAAAUUUGUGGAAGUUUAUAAAGAAGCUCACUUGUUGGCCUUACAGAUAGAAAGCAACAGCAAAAGCGAGGCGGCCCUAGCCGCCAGGCCCGAAGCCCCUUGGAGCCACGGCGUGGAAAGGUUCAUACAGGAGUCAAAAUUAAAGAUAAGCCUCUUUGAAAAAGAAAACGCGAUGCGGAAAAGCCCCGUGUCCCUGAAAAGGGAGACAUACUCCCUGUCCGACAGCCCCCCGAGUGGCCUGCGGCCCCCUGGAGCCCAGCCCGCCUCGGGCGCGGAUCUGCGGAGCGCUCCUGCCCAGGCCAGGCCCACCCCGACCCCGCGGCCACCGCACUCUGCUCGCUGUCCUUUGCCGGUGGAACCAGGCACUGCUUACCCUGUGAAACAGGCGGUGGCGCAGAAGAGGGUCACCAGCAAACUGCUGCCGCCCCGAGCAUCAUCUGUGAGAGGAAAAGCCGCUCUCUUGGCCAUGGAGAAGCCUAUGAAAGAGGUAUCAGCUGGUCCUUCCAGGAUGAAAACUCUGAAUGAAAAGGAGUCCCACAGGGACAGGCCCCCUGACAGGCCCAGUGCUGCCCAGGAUGUCGCCAGCUUGCCAGCCAGCGGAAGCCACUUGGUCCAAGGCAAGCGAUCACUCCCUGCUCCAAACAAGCUGGGGCUGAAGAAAACUCUGUUAAAACCACCUGGUUGUGCUGGCGGUAUUCCAAGAAAACCAUCCUCCUCGCAGUCUGUCCCGGCUGUGGCUCCGGGUGUGCGCGCCUCUCCAGCUGCAGGCAAGACCCCAGCCACGCCACGCUCAGACUGCGUCCACCCCGGCGAGGUCUCAGCUGCUAUCUGUCCCUCGGAGACUAUUUUCACAGAACGCAAAGGCUCAUUAGAAGCUAAAUCAAGUGAACUUGCAAACCCUCCUGCAGACAGGUCGCGGCCUCGGUCCAACACCAGCCAGUCAGGCAGGACGGGAUACGCCAGGCCAGGGCAGUGUGUGCAAGCAGGCCCUGCAGGUGCGUCCUGCAGGCCGAGCAAGUGGGCUGCGCUUGCUGAGCUGACCCCGGGGCAGGCCCAGGGGCCCACCACAGCACCUCUCACCCAGCCCCAGAGUCCAGAGAAGGGAGCCCGGAGGCUGAGCUCGCAUUCCCGUGUGUCACACUCUUCCCAGCCUGAAGCAGCCGGGAGAAUGAGAAGAAGAGAUUCUUAUCUAAACGCCAAGACAAUGGCUAUGCCCACCCCCACAAGUCAAUUUAAAAUUCCUAAGUCUUCCACUGGUGAACCCCCAGAUGGCGGGACGCCAAAGUUCUCCCAGGCACAGAGGCCUCAGACGUGCACGUCAGUGGGGAGGGUUGUCCCCGGCACCCCUGCUAGACGCUCGUCAGGGCCAGCCCCACAGAGCCUUUUCAGCAACACGAGGACCCCUGUGAGCAGGAGGCGAGCGUCAGCCUGGGCCACACCUGCCGGCUGGCGACUCUCCGCCCUGCCCUUGCUGACCCCUAGAACCGUGCCCAGGGCUCCGGUUUCUCCCCCGUGUGUGCCUGCUCAACGACUCUCUUCUGAGCCCCAGAAAAAGUCUGCAGUGAGGACUGCACCAGUGAGGGAGGCCAGCAGCAAGGCUGCUUCCGGGCACUCAGGCUUGUCCCCUGAUGCAAGUUUUUCUCCAUCUUCUGUGCCACAGGCACUUAACUUUUCUCCAGAGAAGAGGGAUUUUGCCUUUUCAAAAGCUGCACUGGAUGGAGCACAGCCACCUGAAGAUUCAUCCCCUGCUGAGGCUAUUCUCGUGGAUGUUAAACCGGACCAGCUUACCAUCACUUCAGAAGCCAGCAGCACAUCCCUCCCCGACCUGCCUCUCAUUGACUUUUGUGAUACUCCAGAAGCAAAUGUGGCUUUGGCGUCUGAAAGCAGACCUCUGAUCGACCUCCUUAUAAACACUCCAGACCUGAGCAGAGAGGCCCCAUCUAAGUCUCUCGCUGACGUGGGGCAGCUGAUAGACUUGGCUUCUCCUCUGAUCCAGCCGAGACCUGAGGCCGACAAAGAAAACGUGGAUUCGCCACUUCUCAAGUUCUGAGUAGAAUGAUCCUUUGGGUUUUACUCUUUGUUAAAAGAAUCAUCAGUCCUAAAGUGGUUUUCAGCCCUUAGAAAUAAAUUCUAAGAGGAACUGUACUGAAGAAAUUAAAGAAAAACAACCCAAAGAGAAGUUGCUGGGCCUGGAGAUGGCCGCAGGACCGUGGGCUUCUGCUGCCGAGAUCGCCGCCGCCCAGCGGCUUCCCUCCGCGCUGCCCCGCACGCUGCUCGGGGUGCAGCGCUGGAGUCGCUCCGCAGGAGGAUUUUGUUUUGAAUCUUGUGUGUGUAAAAUAGCAAGUGCCUUUUAAAAAUUUAGUUUGUAUGAAAAGUUAAAUACUCUAGAUUUAAACUGUAAAAUAAAUGAAAAUGUAUUAAAGCAUU